CAUCCCUUCUAAAAUAAUAAAGUCAAACUCCCCGGCGUUCAUCCACACAAUCUCUCAAAAGUCAACGCUUUUCCGGUGGCUCCUCCUACUGGCACACACGUAUCCGUUGACAGGAGGAGAAAGACCACACUUUCCUUCACAAAAUGGAUGAUGAAUGGGAUUUGCAUGCGGUGGUUAGGAGCUACACCACCAUCUCCACCGAUGCCACCACUGCCGCCUCCGGAACAAACACAACCACCAGCGAUGAUGGUUUUGAUAUGAUGGAAACUGUAGCAUCUGGAAAUGAAAUAUACCAGUUUUCAUACUCAAAUACCGGCGAGAACCCAUCGGAGGGGUUAGAGGAAGUAUACAAAGAAGGGUGUUCUCAGCGGCUGAGCACCAUCGCCGCCGCCGUUGUUUCUGGUGAUGAUGAACAACUGCCGGUGUUUGAUGGUUCAUGCGACUCAUUUUCCAAUGAGACUCCAAGUAGAAAAAGGAAAAACCAGCAGAAGAAGGUGGUGGUUGAACUGACACAAGAGGAGUUAUGUAGUGACACAUGGGCAUGGAGGAAAUAUGGUCAAAAACCCAUCAAAGGCUCCCCCUUUCCAAGGUAUGAAAAACCCCAAUACGUAUUUGGUACUUAUGGGUUGGAUUGGAUUGAAACGAAGUGUCGCUUAAAUUAUUACAAGUGUAGCACAACGAAAGCUUGCGGAGCAAGGAAGCAAGUGGAACAGAGCCACGUGGACCCCACCGUUUUUAUAGUUUCAUACUCAGGAGAACACAUGCACCCUCGACCCACCCACCGGAGCCCUCUCGCCGGCAGCACUAGGAGCAAUAAGUCCACUAUGGCCCACCUACCACCACCCAUCUCAGAUGACUGUCCUUGAUACAUUUUCCUCUUGAAUUCACUGAACUUAUAGUGAUAGUAUAGUCAAUACUCAAUAGUGUGAGGGUGAAAAUGAUGUUAACGAUAAUGGACUCUAAUUUUUUGUAAUCCCUUCUUUUACAUGGAAUGUGGAAUCUUUGUGGCAAAAGGAAUGUUGAAUGCUUGCCUCUCUUGUGG